AUGCAGAUCGAUCCGGCAGCUCUGAGUCGAACAGAUUCGGCUUCGACGGCUGUAUCUACCUCCAAGGCUGUCGCAUCAGCCGCGGCUACCUCACAGAAGUCUACAAAGGCGUUGAUUUCAGUUCCGCGCCUAGAUCUUGAGCCUGUAUACACGGAGCUGAAGGCCGCUAUUGGCGACAAUUGGGCGGAGUAUAAGCAGUCGACCACGCUUUUUCUCUUAGGCCAUCUCAAUCAAGAUGAAUUCUCCUCGCGCCUCGACCACAUAAUUUGUGCCGACCCCAGAACCGAGCAUCUACAUAACAACUUUAUAUGCGCGCUUAUUGGCAACCUCUCUCGAGACCUCCCAGACCAUGGCGUCGCAAGCUGGGUAUCGGCAAAUGACAAGCCCACCGUGGUAUCGAAGCCGGUCUCUAGUGACCUGGCGGAACAGAGGCUGAAGACGGAGGUUAUGCAAUUACCUCCUCGGGACCGCAAGAGGAUCAAAGCUAUUCCUGAGCCGGAUCCCCACGAAUUAGCACCGAAUGAGCUCGAGUUAUACUACCAAGCGAAGCAAAUUACAUUACCUACACAGGUCCCAGCGAGCGCCGGUGGUCUGAAUAAGACGAACUGGGAACUCGAAAUCCGAAAACGCUACGCACAGCCGCUUGCCGCGGAAACGGGUGAAUUCCCCGAUGCGGAAUCAAUAUAUGCCCGUAUGGUACCGAUAUGUUAUGAGGAAUCUGUAGCUAGCGGAGCAGGUUUCCCCUGCGCCGAGUUCAUGGCCAUCGCGACGGAGACAUUUGUGAAACAGGUACUAUCAAGCGUCUUCUCGCGCACAAGGCAUAAUGGACCGUCCGGUACAAUCAAUGGUAUGAUGUCACGAAAAUAUCGACGGCAACUGGAGCGUGAAGAGCUUGCUUUCACUCGCGGCGAAAUAACCAAGGAUCUCGCAACCGGGUUGCUGCCCGUUGAAGCAAAAGAGGCUAGUAUCAGACAACCAUUGGGGGUGAGGGAUUUGCGGUUGGCGCUUAAUCUGGGUGGUGCGCUCCUUGGCCAGAUGCCAUUAGUGGUUGAUGAGAUUAUGGGUGCUUACGAUGAAGAUGAACUUGAACUUGAGCGGCAUGGUUACAUUGAAGAGUUGCGUGAGAAGGCUGAGGUUGACACCAAGACUGCCACGAUAUCAACAGCAGCAACUACAGAAACCAAUGGCGUUGACUCCAUGGAUAUUGAUGAUGAUUGGGAAUGGGAAGGUGGCACAAUGACGGAUAGAGAUCAGUUGAAUUCUCUUCUGGACGAGUGUCUGUCACUGGCAGCUUGA